AUGGCAAUCGACUUUUCCUUAUACGUCAGCAAAAGGAAUGCGCCCUACAUCAUCUGGACCGUCAUCGCGAUAGUCUGCGCCCUCUUCUUCCUCGUCUCGAACCGUGCCCCGAAGAAGAGCAGCGGUGAGCCCUCGAAGCCCCGGCAAGAGCGGCAGCGCAAGCGGGUGAGCGUCUCCUUGGACGGCCUGCUGCUGGCUCUUCAGGACAACCGGACGGCCGUUGCUAACUUCUUGGAGCUCUGCAAGAGCUGCGAGGUUUUCCCAAUCGCGCUAGCGGGCAGCGAUGCCAAGGAGGAGGAGGUCUCUGAGAGCCUGGAAGCUUUUGGUGCCUUCGCCGCCGGUCUCAGGAGGCAUCGGCUGAUGUUCUCGAGCACCUGCGAGGGCCGGGCCUCCAUGGUGAGACAGCUGCAGCCGGACCUCCACCUCGAGGCGGCGCCCGAAGUCGCCGAGGCCUUGCUCGACAAGGUGCCAGAGGUGCGCCUCGUGGAUGCGAUCCCGAAGGCCCAGGAGGUCCUGUGA